GAUCCUCCCCUUCCUCUCCCUCCCCAGGCGUUUUUUUUUAAGAGGUUUUUCCCAACUUUCCAGAAGUUUCUCCCCGGCCCCUUAUAUACCCCCUCGGCGGGACCGCGAGGCGCACAGGGGUCGAUCCGAGCAUCACUGGGUGCAGCGCAUCCUGCAGCAGGUCCUCAGAGGUGUUGGGUACAACUGAAGCCAUGUGGAUUAUUCUGGUGCUUGCUCUCUGCGGCCUUGCUGCAGCUGUGCCCUCGGAGGACAGGAAGCUGAGUGACAAGGCAACAACACUGGCUGACCGCAGCACAACGCUGGCCUUCAACCUCUACCAUGCCAUGGCGAAAGACAAGAACAUGGAGAACAUUCUGCUGUCCCCUGUAGUCGUGGCCUCUUCCCUUGGCCUCGUGUCUCUUGGGGGCAAGGCCACAACUGCCUCCCAAGCCAAAGCAGUGCUCAGCGCAGACAAACUGAAUGACGACUACUUACAUAGUGGGUUGUCCGAGCUCCUGAAUGAAGUCAGCAACAGCACAGCUCGCAAUGUCACCUGGAAGAUUGGCAACCGUUUGUAUGGCCCUGCCUCCAUCAACUUUGCUGACGACUUUGUGAAGAACAGCAAGAAACACUACAACUAUGAGCACUCCAAAAUCAACUUCCGAGACAAGAGGAGCGCCUUGAAAUCCAUUAAUGAGUGGGCAGCCCAGACCACAGAUGGAAAACUCCCAGAGGUCACAAAAGAUGUUGAGAAAACCGAUGGUGCCCUUAUUGUCAAUGCCAUGUUCUUCAAGCCUCACUGGGAUGAGAAGUUCCAUCAUAAGAUGGUGGACAACCGUGGCUUCAUGGUGACGCGUUCCUACACUGUGGGAGUUCCCAUGAUGCAUCGCACAGGCCUCUACAAUUACUAUGAUGAUGAGACAGAAAAGCUCCAGGUGGUAGAGAUGCCACUUGCUCACAAGCUCUCCAGCAUGAUCUUUAUCAUGCCAAACCAUGUGGAGCCUCUGGAGAGGGUUGAGAAACUGCUGAACAGGGAGCAGCUGAAGACCUGGGCUGGCAAGAUGAAGAAGAGAUCAGUGGCCAUCUCUCUGCCUAAAGUCAUCCUGGAAGUUAGCCAUGACCUUCAGAAACACUUGGCUGAUCUGGGCCUGACAGAAGCCAUUGACAAAACCAAGGCUGACCUGUCAAAGAUCUCUGGCAAGAAAGACCUUUACCUGUCCAAUGUCUUCCAUGCUGCUGCUCUUGAAUGGGAUACAGAUGGGAACCCCUAUGAUGCUGACAUCUAUGGCCGGGAGGAGAUGAGGAACCCCAGGCUCUUCUAUGCUGACCACCCCUUCAUCUUCAUGAUCAAGGACAAUAAAACCAACUCUGUUCUCUUCAUCGGCAGGCUUGUGAGGCCCAAAGGGGAAAAGAUGCGUGAUGAGUUGUAGGCAGGGUUUUUUGUGGUUUUUGGUUUGUUUUUUUUUUUUUUUUUUCCGCAGAGCUUUGGUUUGUGUGGUUUUUUUUUAGUGGGUGAUUUCAAAAAAAGGGGAAACACUAUUUUGUAUCCUUCUCGAACUAUGGGUGCUAUUCAGACCAGGGUGCAUUCUGAUGAGAAAGCAGCAUACACUUUACCUCACCCCAAAAUACUUAUUGCACAAGCCCACCUCUAGAGAGGAACGGGGCAGCCUGGCACAAGAGGGUCACCAGGAGUGGAAAGGGACUGGCAGGCGCUCUCUCAGCUACUGGCAUCCUCAGCUGAGAUGUUUAGGCUGAUGUCUAGCUCCUCCCUGCACUAGUUAAGCCUCCCUGCAAAGGCACAAGCCCUUCACCCUUCAAAUGAAUCUGCACAUGUAGCUCUGCUGCUUUUCUUCCCCUUUGAUGCUAUAUGUGGCACCACAUCAGAGCUGCUCUGGUCACUUUGCAGUUGCUCCUUGCUUCUCUUCUUUCUUCAGUGGUAUAUGUCAGAGCACAAAGGGCCAAUUCUGUGGUCCAGCCCCCUCUAUGGCCUUGGGAGCAGAGCAGGACCCUGGCAACAUGUAGGAACGGUGAUUGGAGUUGUGCUCUCUGUCUUGCCCACGCUUGCUUUUGAUGUUGUUGGAUGCUUCAACUGCAGCAGGUCACCAGCCUCUUAGCUAGAGCAUUGCAAAGCCAAGCGCAGCUUUUGCUCAGCACUUUACAGAGAAGUAAAGUGGCUUAGGGGUAUCAGCAGAGAGGCCAAAGAGCAGAUGGGCUUCUGGAAAGAUAAACCUGAGGUCCCUUCAACACUCUCUCAUGACAGAAAUGGCUGUGUUCCACCUCUCUGAGGACCAUGAAGGGGGCCCUUGGGCCAACAGCUGCAAUUAAAAUCCUGAACCAGGCAAAUGGGGGAACUCACUUCUGUGGGUGUUCCUGUAUCAGCACCUACAACUGGCAAAGAGACAGUUACCACUGUGAAAGUUCUCCCAGUUACGAGCAGGGUUGGUGCGUAUCAGCUCCCAUCGCAGGCCAAAGGACUCCCUGUUGGCUUCUCAUAGGAAGGUGGAGCAAGUUCACUUUCUUCUUUAAAUACAAAGGUUUAGAACUGCCAUUACCUGAAUUCCUAAUGACCCUUUUCAGAAGCUUCACUCUUCCAUACUUGGUGCCCAGUUAGCUGACCUUGAUAAGGGCACGCCAAAAAACAGAUUUAUUUAUACUUUUAUUUAUGUCUGGUAAUGACUAAGUUUCACAGGCUGCUCCACCCAAUACUUGGAGGCUGUUCUUAUCUUCUCUCAUUCCAGAUAAGCCUUGCUACGCACUGACACAGCCAAAGCAAGUAAUGACAAGAUUAUUGAAAUGAGAGAAAUCUCCGCGUCACAAUUUAAGUGUCAGUUAUUUGUAAUUGGCAAAGGAUGGUGACUGCAUCACUUUUAUUUCCCUGCCAGUGUGCUUGCCGUUAGGUUGCUAAACAGAAGCCCAAUACUGCAUUUUCCUCAGACCAUAGAAAGACUAUUUCCACUUAUUUAUUAAAUUACAACUAAGUCUCUUAUUGGGUGUUUCCUACAGGCAAAAAUGCAGCAGCUUGUGCCUUGUAAGUUUGACCCAACCAUGCCUUCUGCAGGCUUGCAAGGUUACACAAUUGCAGAAAAGCUCAUCUGCCCCAACUCCUAUCCAAGCCAGCCAGAAUGGGAGAUUCUUGUCCUUAAGCCUCUUCCCAGACUGUAUUCCUAGGUGCUUUCCCCGCUGUGUCGGGAGGUAGGAGGCAAUCCACAAGGAUGUACCCAAAGCACAGGAAGCCUGAAGCCCCAUGUGUAUGCUACACUGCCUGGUGAACCAGUGCACUGAAACCCUCACGCUGUAGCACAAUAUGGAGGAUGGGGGUGGGUGGGUAAAAGGGG